AAUGCGCGCUUCUCUCCUUCCCUGCAAUAACAAAACACUUCUGCUUCUGAUCCUAAUCUUGAUCUUCUCCACCUCCACACACACACUAAUUUCGGGAAAGGCAAACUUGGGAAUGCCAGGUGGAAUGCACCAACUUGGCCCUACAGAGCCGUGGCCUUGCUUGGCUUUCCAUCAGAACAUGCGCUCCCAUUUACACGCACGCCAAAAACCACCACCGGCAAGUGGUAGAGCAGUUGUGGAACGGGAGAAUCCUCACCCACACAUUCCCUGAAAUGGAAACCCCAUUGUGCGUGGCUCCCACAGGGGAACCACAGACAGAAUGUGGUUGGUCAAGGGCACCGUUGGGAACCAUUGCGUCAAGGAUUAAACCCUACAAAAAUCCGGCGUGGAGUCCCUAAGUUGGAUAGGAUCUUGCACGCCUGCUUCCCGUAACUCCUGACGCCAAGCUGGUGCCAAAUGUAUUGCUGGGCUUUCCUUUGGACCACAAUGGAAAAUUUAUUCCAAACAGCUCACACCCUGUUGCAGAUAAUUGGGGAUUCUAGAGCAGCCUUUGUCCCUUUAUAAAUAACCUCUCCAAAGGAGAACUUGAUCAUUCAGAGACAGCUGGAGCAACGACAAUGAAGAAGGCGUCUUAUCUUCUCUCCUUGUUGGGUGCGGUGAUCGUCUGCACACAGAUAGCUCAUUCGAUUAUUUGUUUCACUUGCGAAAGACAGCCCUCUAAUUGGAAGUGCCUGCAAAUGACUAUUUGCCCUGACAAUGAAAAUGCAUGUCUAACAAUGAGGGAUGUUGACGAAACAGGUGACAGUGCCAAGGUUCUCAUCACCAAAAAGUGUGGCCAGGCAUGUCCCACCGAAAGCAAUAAUUCAAGCAGCGCACCCAAGUCGGUCUUCUGCUGCAAACACAACUGGUGCAACCUGUGGCCCCCAAAAUAAAAAGUGUCUGGUCCACGCUGAGUGGAAGGGCCAGUCUGGAAUGCCCAUGAAGUAAGCUGCUAUCUCUGGGCUCAGCUAUUGUGUUCUGCAAAGAAAGCAGAAUGAUCCCUUUUGGCUACAUUUUGACCCUGCAACACCAGGCAAGCAUCGGCCUCCUCCAGGCACCUUGUUCAGCAUGCAUUCAAUUCUUUUCUUUACAUGAAAGGUUCUGCAUUUUUUAAGCAAAAAAAACAAAAGAAGAAAAAUAAAAUUGCAUAUUCCUGCAGCAAUUGUUAGCAAUUUCUUAACCUACUGCGUUUUGUAUCGCCGAGUUUCGAAUUUUGUUAUAUUUGUCCAUGCAAAGUCUAUGUCAGGGUCUCCGGCUGUUGUAGGACUACAAUUCCCAUCAUCCCUGACCACUGGUCCUGCUAGCUAGGGAUGAUGGGAGUUGUAGUCCGGAAACAGCUGGACACCCGAGCUUGGGAAACCCUGGUCUAUGUCUAUAAGCGAACUGCUCUUAAGUGGCAAGAUGUCAAUCCAUUGAAUAAAUGGAGCCCUUUGUGUGUCGAGACCCCACAGCCACCCCCUCGUUGGGAAAUAACUCACACAAGGACACGGAUAUAAGGUUUAUGUUAUUGGGCAAAU